UCCGGAUUUUGCUGAUCAGGUUGUACCGACCCACGUCAUAGGGUACACAAUUCUCAAGAUGCAUACUUCUCCUUUUUUUUCUCUAUGGGGAAAAAGAGACUUAAAGUAAAAGUUCAAAUUUUUCAGAAGAGCGAAAUAACUUCGGUCUCCGAUCUAGUGAUUUUUCCAAUUGACGCGCUUCAAAUCGCUCGACCAAUCAGGGAGCGAUCCCCGGAUUCACUUCGUGGAUUGGUCUCCGUCCAGGAUAAGUCCUUUUUUUUAAUUGGUCGAUCGCCUCUCCGCACAAGACAGCAUCCGCUUUCCGCUUAUCUUCUAGGUUACCCUAUUUUUUUGUCAACAAUAGUUUUUGAUUACGUCCAUAUCACUGUAAUAUUUCAUACUUUCUGAAUUUGAAAGUAGCCUUUUUUCUUUGAAUUUGUGUGGUUGUUUGUGCAAUUCUGAAGAAUGGAGCGAAAUCGCUAUACUCCCACAGUCCCGGCCCAAAUCGGAUACAUGGUGAGGUGGUUUGCCGAGUGGAGUGAGUUGCAGAGAGGUGACUUUCUCCCAAUUCUCGUUCAAAUUUUCGGUAAUAAAGGUUACUUGAAUGGAUUAAUAACAGGAAUGGAGAAUUUAAAGCAUGAGGAAGGAAAACAUUUAAGUUUAUUUCAGUGCCGCAUUAAAUUAUUCCACGAGUGGUCGGAAAAUUGGGAUGACAAUGAAAAAGAACAGCUUCUGUCACUCAUCAAAUCUGUCGACGAAGACUUCAUCGCAAAGUAUGAGGAAGAAAUCAAGAAACGCGCAGAAGUCAAGGAUCGUGAUGCUGAUGCUACGAACGGAUAUGACAUUGUCAACGGCACUGAGGUAGAACCUGUAUGAUCAUGAACGACCAUUAGUAUUCCUCUGUCAGAGUAGGUAUAAGAACCGCAGUACACGGGUAGUCAUUUCGACAAUGCUACGAUUUCUAAGAGGGCUGAUAUUACAGCCUCAUGAUCUUAUCAAUUAGAAAUACUGCAUUCAUUUUUUGAUCACCUUUUAUAACAUUUUUACAAACCCUGAUUUUAAUGACGAAUUGAUUUUCUGACCUGACCUAAGGUACAGCGAAGAGUGUUUUUGACCAAGUAGCAACAAAGCCAUGACCCUUCACAUUAUUCCAAUUCUCCUUAGUCCUGUUUUGUCCAUUCGGGUACAUAAAAUUUUAUUAAUCGUCCUGCAUACCCUUCCUACCAGUGUACUCGUGGCAUUUAUGGAGACUGAAAUUUGCAUAUUCUGGUUUCAUCUUAGUAUGUUUAUGCAAACUAGUGUCUGAAGUUCCCUCCUUGAUGAGCAGUUUUUUCUUCAUUCAUUCUAACUUCCAAAUGAAGAAAGAGAUCACAGGUCUCUUAGUUCACACCUGUGUCAAAACAUGAUGUACAAGUGUCAGCAGUUUCAGUUUAGAUAUUGUAAAUUAUCCCAAAUUUUGGCGAAAAAAGAUGGAUCAUAAGACUAGAGUAGGUUUCUAACGCCUAUCUCUUCUUGUUAAGAAAUUUUUCUUCACGUACAUCAUAAUGAAAUCUGGAGGUGCGUUUAUCUCCAUGUUAACCCAUACUUAGACACUGGUCAUGCCAGAAUGGGCUAAAGCUCAAUUCACACUAAAAAACUUUUCAUCCUCCUCUUGAAUGCAACUUGUCGAAAUAAAUAGUUGGAUAGGGUGAUACUGAAGCGAGAAAACGACAAUUUGAUGAAAAAUUAAACGGAAACUUGAAUGUGAUGUCACAUUCAACUUUCCAUCCAACUUUGUGUUCAAUUAUAUUAAAUGAAAAGUUUGAUAGUGUGAAUUGGACUUUAUUUUGGACUUCCGAGUGCCAAUUUAUGUUGAUAUUUUUAAUACUUUCCUAUUUAAUGGAAUUACUUUAUUAUUUUGUAGUAAUAAGUAGCCACUUUUGAAAACUGUUAAUUAGCCCCUAUCCCCUUUGCUUUAGUAUAUGCUGAUAUUUAAGCGUCAGUAAGUGCAUCUAAAAACCAAUGCACCUCAAUUUCAGGCGUUGAUUCCCUUAAUAACUGAAUUUUUCAAAAUUUUGAAUGUAAUUAGAAACCUUUUUCAAAUUUUUCCAACAGAAAUAUGUUUGGUCUUCUGAAAAUUUUGCUGUCAUCCUUGGCAGACCCUCAGUUGUUCUGCAAAGACCCAAGCAACCUUUUAAACGCAUGUGAUUUUAUCUAAUGUGAAUUGUGAUUGUACACAGUGAAUCCAAUUUCCUUUUGUUGAUUUGUGUCAUAUCUAUCUUUCUUUUUAAUUUAGAUAAUAUGUAAGGAAUGUACACCUGAAGUUGAUACUAUCUUCGAUCGUUACAUUCCCUAUCAUUCUAUUUAUUUGAAUGCAAGAAAAUGUUACUUUUGUAAUAAGCAAUUUCAUAGUUGUUAGAUGAUCUAGAUACUCACAUUCCUGAAAUUUGAGAGCAACUGCCAUCAUCAAUUACAAUUUACUCAGUUGUAAAGAGUAGCCUCUUAAUUUUUAUUCAUGAGUACCAUUCACUUAAUUUAAACAGAUUAACUCUGUUAAAUGCUCAUGGUGAUUUUUCUCAGUGUCUGGGUGUGGUCGGAUUGGCCAGCACAUCAAUUCUGAGCAGAUUUUGAGUUUGAAGUCAUAAAAACAUUGAUAGCUUCCGUCAAUGUUUCAGAGGCCGUACUCCGUACACGUGUCCCAAGAAUCAUAUGUCACAGGAAAAGCUGCAAAAUUUGAUGAAUUACAGCAGAAUUUGGCUUAGGAAAAACUUUUGCACUAACCUGAUUCGAAAACUAAUUGUAGUAUCAAAUGCCACAAUUUUUCGUAACUAAUUUGCGUUUUUAUUUCUCCUAAUUCUGCAAUUUCUUAAUCCUGACGGAUGAUUUUUUAGGCUAACACACAGGGUCUUUUCCUGUUUUUUUAGCAAAAAAGUCAAAAUGUGCUAAGAUUUCUGUAUGAAUUAAUUGAUGCAAUUUAUUGGGCGCUAGUGCAACCACAUGUAGAAUCUGAGACGAAUUCCUCAACACAUCAGAGGUGGCAUCAGGAGUCGGCACCAAUCAGACUGACUGGUGAGUAUUAGCUGAUAAAAGGAUACACCUCCUUGACAAAUUAUGAUCUCAAAGCUUCCCUAAACAUCUCAGAAACAUGUUUUCUAGUUCUAGUUUCAUUUAUCAUACGGCCUCUGGCUCCAUUUCCAAAAUUAAUGAAAUCAAGAACUGACGAUGUUGACAUGACAACAUGCCUGUCCCCUACAUGUUUGCUUAACAGUGUUAAGUCAUACCAAAAUUCUCAUAUGUUGCAUUCCUUUAUAUCAAUGUAAGUCUAUUAGAAGAUAUGUGUAAUAACUUUUAAAUUAUUAUUUAAUAAUUUAUUUAUGAUCGCAGUAUCCUUUACAAAAGGCUUGUUAUAAUCAUACAAUUUUAUUCCAUACAUUGUUCAAGUAUAUACUCAGUAUUAUUAGCUGUAAGUGUUUAAUAGUUAUGUAUCACUGUUUUUUCUUGAAUUUCUACUUAAUGUUUGCCUACAAAUUCAUAGAUUCCAUUUGAGCAUUUCUGGAUGGGCAGAUUUAAUCCCCAUCUCUUGAAGGCACAUUUUCUCUUGCUCCGUUUUCUUACUCCGAAAUGCGCAUCAUGCUUGUCAUUUAGAUCUCCACACUGAAAAUUUUCACUACAUUUUUUGAAAACUUGUAUUUUUAUAUGGUUUCUUAACAAUUUUUAAAAUAUAUUUUUGAGAUUCAAAA